GCAAAAGCUGCUCAGAGCAGACUCUCCUCUGAAAAGCAGCGUUCCUUUUCAGAAAGACUGGAUCUAAAGGCUGCCUGGAGACAAGAAGCCUUCAGUAUGCUGAAUUACUUUCAUUAUGUAUUUUCAGAUGCCUAUUGACUCCACAGUAGGAAGAGUGAGGGACUGCAGCCGAGAAGCCGUACUGUUACCCGUUCUAUACAUUAGCGGACUGCUGAAACAAUGGCACAGGACAGACACACUCUCAUUAAGGUCAUUCUGGAGAGGUUUUUAUGACCCUCUUCCCUGAGCCCUCUACUAACAAAUGAACAAAAUGAAACAAUCAAAACUGGAAAUGCUUCAGCUACAACAAGAAGUGGUCAAAUCUUUAGCAGAGGGCCCACAACUAAUUCCAUAUAUACACCUGACGAUAUGAAGAACGCAACUGCCUGAGAAGCUCUCUAGCUCUCUGGACCACAAACUGCUAAUAUUCUUGUAACACAGGACUUUUAAGAAACUAAGGAGUUAAAGCCUCGGAUUAGCUCGGCUGGAACGUAACAAGCUGACAGCAUCCCGUGAAGAUGCUACACAGAAUAACCACAAAAAGGAAAAAAAAAAUAGAACUGUAAAAGCCUAAAGACCACGGGAAAAUGUUUUAAAAGGAAGAUCUAGCACUUUAACACAGCAGAAUUAUGGACACUAUUGGAUUCUGCAGGAACCCGUGAAGCAAAACCUUCAAAGGGAAAACAGCAUGACAUAUCAGUAAGCAAACGAAGCUUUAGCAAGUGUUUUCUGUACUAUCCAGAUAUUCACAGCAAUUGAUUUGACUAAUAGAGUUUUCCAUCUGAGUUUUAUGACCAAUUAUGUAUCCUCUUCUAAUGAGAACAAACCAAAUUAAAUAGCAGAUGGUUUUUAUCAAAAGAGCAUGUACUGGAUUUAUAAUAUAAAGCAAAUUAUGUGAUCAAGAAAUCAUUUUGAAAUAAUGAGAACUGCUGCAGAAACAGACUGCAAACAAAUGGAUAUCUAAAUGCAUUUUAGAAGCUAGAGACAUUAUGUUUCCUUUUCUGUUUUCACAUACUCUGGAAAACAAAGAGACACAACCCAUAUUCUUUCAAAAAGGAAGUGUAAUUUCUAUCAUUUGAUGAAGUUUCGUUUGUCCAUGACUUUCUGAGGAGGAAAAAAAAAAAAACCACGAAAAUUGUGUGCUGUUCUUUAGAAAUCCAUCAGCCAACUAAAUCUCACAAUUUGUACAGCUGAAGUACUCAAAUAACAAAAGAAUAAAUUCCUGCAAGACAUGAAAUAAAACACACUGUUAUCAGGGAAAAAAUUCAUGUCAAAAUUGUCAAUGACAUCAUGUAUCAAUUUGUGGAAAACUACCAUGGUGAGCCAAAAGGCCCAUAAAGCAGCAGCAAACAGGGGAAACACCAACUGUUCCAAAAGAAUGUGUUUUUCUCCUGUUCUGGAAGUCAACAUGCAGUCUGAAUCAAACAUUACAGUGCGAGAUGACAUUGAGGACAUCGACACCAAUAUGUACCAACCACUAUCAUACCCAUUAAGCUUUCAAGUGUCUCUCACUGGAUUUCUCAUGUUAGAAAUUGUGCUCGGACUUGGCAGCAACCUUACUGUAUUGGUACUUUACUGCAUGAAAUCCAACUUAAUCAACUCAGUCAGUAACAUUAUUACAAUGAAUCUCCAUGUACUUGAUGUAAUAAUUUGCGUGGGAUGUAUUCCUCUAACUAUAGUGAUACUUCUGCUCUCACUGGAGAGUAACACUGCUCUCAUCUGCUGUUUCCACGAAGCCUGUGUUUCCUUUGCAAGUGUUUCGACAGCAAUCAACGUUUUUGCUAUCACUCUGGACAGAUACGACAUCUCUGUAAAACCUGCAAACCGAAUUCUGACAAUGGGCAGAGCUGUAAUGUUAAUGACAUCCAUUUGGAUUUUUUCUUUCUUCUCAUUCCUGAUUCCCUUCAUUGAAGUAAAUUUUUUCAGUCUUCAAAGUGGAAACGCAUGGGAAAACAAGACAUUGCUGUGUGUCAGCACAAGUGAGUACUACACUGAGCUGGGGAUGUAUUAUCACCUUCUGGUUCAGAUCCCCAUCUUCUUCUUCACAGUUGUAGUGAUGCUCAUCACAUACACCAAGAUACUUCAGGCUCUUAACAUCCGGAUAGGCACCAGAUUCUCAACAGGGCAGAAGAAGAAAGUUCGAAAGAAAAAGACAAUCUCUCUAACCACACACGAGACCACAGACAUGUCACAGAGCAGUGGUGGGAGGAACGUGGUCUUUGGUGUGAGAACUUCAGUCUCUGUCAUAAUCGCCCUCCGGCGCGCUGUGAAGCGCCACCGGGAACGACGAGAACGGCAGAAAAGAGUCUUCAAGAUGUCUUUAUUGAUUAUUUCUACAUUUCUUCUCUGUUGGACACCAAUUUCUGUUUUAAAUACCACAAUUUUAUGUUUAGGCCCAAGUGACCUUUUAGUAAAAUUAAGAUUGUGUUUUCUAGUCAUGGCUUAUGGAACCACUAUAUUCCACCCUCUCUUGUAUGCAUUCACCAGACAAAAAUUUCAAAAGGUCUUAAAAAGCAAAAUGAAAAAACGAGUUGUUUCCAUAGUUGAAGCUGAUCCCAUGCCUAACAAUGCUGUAAUACACAAUUCAUGGAUAGAUCCUAAGAGAAAUAAAAAGGUUACCUAUGAGGACAGUGAAAUAAGGGAGAAAUGUUUAGUACCUCAGGUUGUCACAGACUAAGGAGAAGUCAAAGCUUCACCAAAUCUACAUUCAUAAGAGUUUUAAAUUUAAAUUGUAAAAACUGAUUACUGCCAAAUGUAAGAGAAAAACAUUCUCAGUAUUGGUUAUGUUGUAAAUUUUCAAUGUGAAUGUCAAUUAGAUUAGGUCAUAUAUACUCAAUUUCUUCAUUAUUUAAUGUAUUUGUUGCAUGGCAGUUUGUUAAAAGUAAUAUCAUGUGUAUAUUGUCAAUAUUAUGUCCAUCAGAAGAUACUCAUGUAAGUCAUAUUUUCUAAAGAAUAAAUACAUAGCCUUAAAACAGUGUAUAACUUUAAAAUGUAACUGACACAGGUAUCUACAUUUUUAAAUGUAUGAAACCUAUUAUUUCUAAGCCACAACCUAGAUAUAUUUAUAUGAGAAGUUGCAUAAAAUUUAACACAAAAAUUAUAGUCUCAGAAAAAUCAAAGGAAGAUUUUCUGUAACACUAUGUUAUAUUUCUGUUAUGAUAAACUUGUUAUUAUAUUUUAACAAAAAUAAUGAACUAUAUAUAAACCUUAUUUUUUCUUAUAUAUAACACUUAUGUGGGCAACCAUAGACUAUAUUAGUAUUUUAAAACCAUGAACCAAUUAAUAAAUCAAUUCUGUAUAUGCACACAAAAUUAGGGAAAUUUUUCUAGUUCAAGCUUAUUAUAUAAAAAGAUUGAAUUCACACAAUAAAGGGAGGGAAGAAAGCUACAUUAACACCAGCCUUGUUCCUUCACCCUCAUUUUGCCUGAUUCUACACCAAAUAUUCUAGGUUAUGAGGAAAUACUGGUUUUAAAAAACUGCAAUGAAAUAAUUUUUAAUUUAAUAACAACUCUACCAUUUUUGUAUAACAGAAAUUAACCACAUAAUAGGGAAGACUGAGCAGAGGAAAGAGGCUCCUUUCUGUCAACUGUAGAAAAGCCUAACAAAGGCAGCUGUUUCUAAUUUUAGAUUCAUUGCAACUUAUGUGUGGUAGAAUUUAUACAUUGUUUCUUCCUAGUCACCUGUGGUAGAAUUUAUACAAUGUUCCUUCCUAGUCACGUGUGACAGAAUUUAUAUAAUGUUCCUUCUUAGCCUUCAAAAUACAGCAGCUGUUUCCACUCUCCAGGUGAUUAAAGCAACAAUAAACUGUGUCACAUUUCUAUUCCACCACCAUGUAACUUGAGCAUUUUUCUCUCAAACCCUCAAUACAUGUUAGAAAAUGAUUACUAAUUGUAAUUAUAGAUUUCAAGGAAUGUGAAUAAUUUUGUAACAAACUAGAAUUUAUUACUUGCUAUAAUAAUCUGGCAAUCUGUAGUAAUAAUAAAGAUUUAGCAACAACUUAUUUAAAAUAGGUAAAAUACCUACUAUAUAUAUUACAAACAGUUAGUUUAACAAGAAUUAUUCUAUAUUUUAAAUACUAUAAUCAACAAAUGAAGUAAAAUCAUUUUUAAAAUUAAAAUCUCAUGCUAAACAAUUCAUUAUCUAUCAUUUUUAUACAAAUAAAGGAGAUUCAUUCAAUCAACUUUACUGACUAGCCUAAUCCCUAGGAAAAAGAGCAUGCUACAGGAGCUUGAAGUCACUAAGGUUUAUGGCAAGCUAAACUGAUUUAUUUCUGAUAAUAAUGCUAGCGUGUCAAAACUUGGCAAAGGCCCGUUUUCCUACUGCUUUACGAAAUUAAAGAAAUACUGCAGUUUGACAAAAUGUAACAUAAUCGAUUAAUUUUCUUAAACCCUAAAAUUAAGACUUAAUGGUGUUAAGAAAUUUUUCACUCAAUAAAUGCAUUUGGCUUACAAUAUCUAACACCUUAACUAAAACUUUUAAUGCAUUUUGUACUUGAACUUCCAAGCAUGACUUAAAAUAUUAGCACCUAGAUUUACAAUCUUAAUUUUAAAAACUAGACUACUUUUAGUGUUCAUGUUAAGAAAUACCUCCACUGUGUUUUCAGUACUUUUAAUCAUAAGGUUUAAUAAGCAUUACAAAGAAUUUAGUAUAAAAGUAAGUUUCUGCCAUGUUGGCCUAAUAGUUUCAUGCAUUCUGAUCUUCUGUACUAGAAAAAAAAUAAAUAGCAAUCAUUAUAACUUUGCCCUGUAAGCUGCUAUUUGUGCACUGAGCAUCAGAGUAAACUAUUAGGCAUUUUGCCCUACUGUAACGAAUUCUUGCAGGAUAAAAGCGUACACCUAUUGAUUUAUAACAAGCAAAAUCUACACUUCCCAUACCUCACCAGAAACCUCAAGUAGCUUUUAAUGUGUUAAACAUACAGUGUGUAAAAACCUUGUUAAAAAGAAAAAAAGAAAAAAAAGAAAGCAACUGUUGAUCUUGUGGUAAAUGAGAGCUUAGACGACCUUAAGUUUUCCUUGAUUUUUCAUUCCUCUAUGGACAAACGGAAGCAUUGUUUUCCUCAGGAUGUCUUUUGCUUCGAUGUGCAAAUUCUUUACGUUUCCCUAGUAAUUUUACUCCAAAAAGCAUUCUUGCUAACUCUUCCUCUAUUGAAAAUACAACAGAGGCAUGAGUUAAUUUGUAUGGACAACAUCUUACAAUUUUAUUUUUAUAUCUAUGUUCUUUCAAUCUCUGCCAUCGGGCAGAGAUGCUACCUUCUAUAGUCAGUCAAGUUAACUAUUCAAAGCAUAAGGUUCAUAAAAUUCAGAAAUUUGUAUUGUCUUUCUUGUUCUAUUGACAAUUUAGUAAAUUUAUUACUUGACCAAAAAGAUAUUCAAACUUAUUAUAGAGAUUAACUCUUUUUACAAUUAUGCUUUUUAAAAGACUCUAUUCUAUACUUGACAACAAUGUCAGUCAUAUUAAUGUAAGUUUUUCAUCUCAAAAAGAGCUACAGCAAAACAUCAGUUCUCCAGGUUAAAACUGUGGCUUCCCCAGUCAGUCAGGUGCUCCAGUGGAAAAGCAAUUGCCACACAAGUGUGAUAACCCUAGUUUGAUUCCUGACCCACAUAAAGAAAAAGAUUCCACAAAGUGGUCCUCUGACCUCCAAACAUACUGGUCCUUGAACAUAUAUGUACACACACUCUAAAUAAAAAUAUUUUGUAGUCAGACUCAGGAAUAAACAUUCUAAAAUUUAAGAAAACAAUUACUAGAAUUUUAUUACACACAGAAUGUGAGGCUAUAUUUCAAGGUGAAGGUAUACAUCAAGCACUGCUUAUCAGAAAUACUUGGGAUGGAAGA